GACGCUCGAGCGCGACACUGAUCGCACAGUCCUCGUGGAAUCUCGAGGCACAAAAGUACUCUUCGUGCCACUUUGUAAAACUUUCUCACACGAUGAAACAUAUCUCUCUAUUCUUUACAUUUUUCGUCAAAAUUUGACCGUGAAUUGCUUCGAUAUUUAAUUGUGAAUCGCUUCAAUAUUCAAUCAAAAACAAGUUUAAUCGAAAAAAUUGAUAUUUUCUCACAAAUUGAUCUAAUAUUUAACACAAAAUUGUGUCGAUAGUUUAACAAAAAUUGAAAGAACUGUUCGUUGUUAGAAGUAUUGCAUGAAGCUUAUAUCAUGUGGCAAUCAACGAUACAAAGAAGACGCCACUGAAGAUAACACGAUGGUCGCUAUCUCGUCAUCACUCGGUGCAUAAAGUGUAAUUUCCGAGCAGAAAGUGUUCAAGCCUACUAUAAUGAAGCUUGGAAAAUUCCAUCUCCUAUGCUACGUGUGCGUUCUGUACACUUUCGUCCAGUCUAAGAAAACAAAUUGGGAAAAUCCGUCUACACCAAACCCCUCCUCAAACUCGCAAGAACCAACAGAACUUUUAAACAUCAAUAAUCCGCGAGACAAACGGGCAUUGGGUCUGAUUCUUUCGGGCUUGGCGCAGGUUUUUGGUUACACGGUAAGCCCUGUGCAAAUAGCCUCGUUGCCCAAUCCUAAUUCCGAAUCAGAUGAGGCAAGAGCUAAUAACAACACUCAAACAAACUCUACUCAAUCGACUACAUUAGCUCCAAGACAACGAGAAACGAUCAAAUUCACAGGUGUGGUAAAUUUUAGUAAUGGAACAGGUGUAUUAACUCAGUUGCAACAAUAUGAGAAUAUUUUCCAUGGUAAUUCAUCUUCCACAACCUCCAAACCGCCUUCAACAUCAUCAACGAUGCCACCACAGAUUGAUCCAAGGAAACAGACUCCUAAUCAACCACUACCACCUCCUCUCUUGGUAAAGAUCCCUCUGCCAGUCAUAUCGGAACCUUCCUUACCGACCGUACCUCAACCACCUCUUCCUGAGAUUCCUUCUCAAUUCAUUAAUCUAUCCUACCCUGAACCGUACAUCGGUUCAAUUCGCAAUGAACAAGGAAUGGUGUACAGAAAGAACGUGAGCACUGAAAAAGUGAUAAUAGAAAAUCAGCCAAUUUAUAAUGCAAAGGAUAUUCAAUCGCCACCUCCUCCAAUGUUAGCUCAACCGCCAAUGAUACAUGAUCUUUCAACUACAUCUCCUUCUUAUAAUGAAGAUCCAAGAUGGAAACAAGAGUAUGAAGAAAGACUUGCAGAAUUGGAGCGUAAACAGGAAGAGCAUGCGAAGAGAUUGAGGGAACAAGAAUGGUACAGAAAUCGUCAGAAGGAUGAUAAUUAUAGUGGUGAGGAAGAGGGUGAUUCAAGGAAGCAAAUAGAUCACGGAGAUCAAGAUUCUGGAUGUGGAGGAAACCAAGAGGAAAGCGAUAAAGGAAAACCGUUGAGAGAAGAAUAUCAGUCGAGAGAGAGAUACGAGAGUGAAGAGAGGAUUCAUGAAUAUCCCACGAAUCAAAAACAACCUGCAGAAAGCGAAGAAGAAGGGUAUUAUAGGAAUGAUGAUGUUUAUAAGGAAGACACGCCUCAAACUAGUGAAAAUUAUACAAGUAUACAGUAUAGUGAACCACUACCCUUGAGUGAAGAUGAUGAGGAACGACGACCUGAAGAUCUUCGUAACAGUUAUGGGGAACCUCUGUAUAAUCGUGAACUGAUUAAUGAUGGUUUUGUGAAUUUUUUUGGAAGACUCAAGCAGCCAUUGAGCGAUAUUUAUAGCUCGUCUGUGCCUGCUGAAUCGGAGGAAGAGGUUUCGAGAGAGGAGGAAGAUUCGCGUGCUAAUCAGAAAGAUGAAAAUGAAAGUGAUGAAAGGAGCAGAGAAGAAGAUGUUCCAGCAAGAAACAAGUAUGAAGAAUAUACUCUGGAGGAAGAUACAGAUAGCAGGAAGAAAGAUGGAAAAGGAUCUGACGAAGAUAAUUCCGAGUUACCAAUGAAAAUCUCCAAUAAUCAAUCGAAUGGCGAAAAUCGAUCUUUUUCCCCCGAAGAACGAGAUGAAUUGGAUUUCAGUAAAUUUAUGCCAUUGAUCGUUCCUGUUCGGUACCUGAAUGCCCCUGAAGAAUUAAGAAAGACGAAAUUCAAGUCACCGACAAAUGAAAAGUCAGAGAAAGAUAAUACUUUAAGAGCAGAAGCUUCAAAAAAAGUCUCGUCUAAAGAGCCAAAGCGAUCAAAAAAGGAAAAUUUGAAACCGGUAGUAGGUGUUAGAGAAAGAAAAACACCGAAGAAUCUCCACGAGGGUGAACAAAAGGAAGUACAAAUGUGGCCACCGCCAUUCGACUUUAUUUUCGAUAGUACAAUACAUACCAACAUUGUUCCAAGAAAUUCGACCGAUAAUGACAAUAUUAAGGUAUCGAAUAGUGAAGAAAAUCGUAGAAAAUCUGAAUCCUCCAAUAAAAUGAGGAAAGAAAGGCAUCGAGAAGAGAAAAGUCAAGUAAUACUUGAUAAUUUAAAUCAAAGACCGUAUGACUAUUCUGAAAAUAUUUAUGACCAAGAUUUUAAAAAGGGACUCGAAUUAAGAACAGUUCCUGGGAAACGACUGAUGAUGAAUAGGCCUAUAAAUACUGUGAAUUCAAAUAGAACACGUUUUGAGACGAAAAUCGUGAAAUCUAAUCAAAAUGAUAAUGAUAGAAAAGAAAUACCAGAUUUUUUAAAGCGUUAUAAGUAUAUUUCAAAUAAUAAUUAUAGAUCUACAGAAGGACCAAAUAUCGAAAUAAAAAAUUUUCAAGAGCUGCAGGACCCGAGUUCAUUGAAUUCUAAGAAAUUUGAAUCCUCGAAACGCAGUAUUGAAAGAAAUGAAACAUCUUCAAAAAAUAAAAAGCAGAUAAAUGUUAAAAAUCGUAUAAUGCAAGAUAAUCCAGUUUCUCGACAGAAGUUUGAAUCAACGAUGUUUCUCGAACCUAGAGAAAACUAUAAUUUGUUCAAUUUUGGUGAACGUGUUUAUGAUUUCAAUUAUGGCAGGGGAAACAACAGAUUGUCCGGAGUUUUUGACGGGAAUAAAAAAAUUGGAAACGUAGAAAUAAUUGGUUUGGCCACGCCGCAACAGAACGUGUAUCGCUAUGACGAAAGUUUAACGAAAUUCACCAGUGAACCGGAAAGCAGAAGCGAGAAAGUCGAAGAUUACGCGAAUGGUGCUACCACUAUAAAAAUAGUAGCAGAAGAACGCAUUAAUCCGAAUGAACCAAUUAGUUAUGUCGAUUAUUCUCGUAUUUUAUAAUUUGUUAUUAUUUUCAAGCUAAUUGUGCAAUAUGAUCCAUUUUCAAUAUUUCGGUUUUCAGUAAUUUAACACGUAGAAUCUAAAAAUAUUUUAAAUAUAGUAAUUAAAGGAAUUUAAAAGAAUUUUAAAAAUAGUUAUCAAUGUUUUGUUAUAUGAUUCAUUUGAAAUACUUUUUCACUAAUUUCAACAUUUGUUACAUUAUAAUAUAGUGAAAUCAAUCAUAUUUCAUGCUUUGUG